AUGGUUGGUGUCCCAGGCAAAUCUACCGCUUGUCCGGACUGUCGGAAACGAAGACGGCCUUGCGACCGUGAACGGCCAGCAUGCGGCCAGUGUAGGAGAGCGGGCGUUGAGUGUGGAGGGUAUGGAAAACCCUGGAUUUUCGUGAAUAGCACCGUGGAGCAAGAUGAUGGAAUCGUCCUGGAGUUGAGGACGAAAUCAUACUCUAUGGAACUGGAGCCAGUGCAGAAACCGAAGAGCCGCCCGCUGGAGAGGAGAUUUAUCAAUGCCAUCAAGGCCCAGAUAAAUGGCCGGCCAGUUGUGCUUCCACAAUCAUUGAACCGGACUUCUUAUGAGGAAAUAUUCGUUGAGUCCUUCUGGUCGACCUAUCUUCCAUCGCCCGGCGCGCACUCAUCUAAGGAAGCAGUUCUCUACAACACAAGCGACUGGAUACAUGUUGUUAGAGAUCUGUACCGAGAUAAUGGGCCUUUGCGUAUGAUAUUUCUUGCCAACUGUGUGGCGUUGAAAGGCUUCGAGGAUAACAAGCAAUGGCUGGUUGAGAAGAGCCAUCAAAUGCAUGGGCGGGCUUUAAAUGCUAUCGCACGGUCUCUCUGCCAUCCCGAUGCCUAUAAGAGUGACGCGGUACUGGCGGCAGCCAGAAUGCUCAUAUUGUUCGAGAUCUGCUAUGGCGAGAGCCUUGUGACUGCAACGCCUCAGUCACGAAGAUGGCACACCCACGGAGCGGGUCACAUGGCCAUAAUGUACUCGAGGGGACCACACUGCUACAAGCGCGGCUACGCCCAUCAGCUGUUUUGUGAUGCUCGAUUGCACCAGUCUGUCGUGGACGGGCUACUCAGGCGAAGAUGUCUUUUAUCCACGCCUGAAUGGAAAGAAAUCCCAUUUUCGGAAAUACCCAAGAAGCCCAAGGAUGAACUCAUAGAUGUAGUGUCUGAGGUUGGCGGGCUGUUUGAGGACGCAGACAGUGUCCGGCUGUUAUCCGACCCCAAAGAGAUCCACCGAAUCCUGGGGGAUGUUACGACCAGGGCUUGGUCCCUGAAUGAUGAUCUUGACAAGUGGGCAAUAGGAUCAGGUCGUCGGAUUAUGGAGUUCAUGGACUCGCAUCUCAGCACCGUUCCGGCCGAGCCGCCAUCGAACGAAGAGCUGAUGCUUGGCGAUCUCGCGAUGAACUACCUUGCCUUUCGCGUCAUUCUUCAUGCCUUCCUGGAAACCACUGCCCAAUACGUCCCGAAUAUUCCAAGAUCGGGUGAUGUUCAGCCGAUGGAUUAUUGCCGUCAAAUUGGCCAGUAUAUCCCAUUCUUCCAAGCUGCCAAAGCGACGGUUUGGACUAUCCACAUGUUGGCUCUUCCGGUCGGCUCUGCGCUUACAUACCUCGAAACACAAACAGGCAGAAAAGAUGCACUCGAAGUCAAGUUGCUCCUCACUCAAGCCAUGAGUGGGAAAGCAAGUUCUGCUAUCAUAAGGUUUUUAAAGAUGUUACAGAAGUACGAAGGGGGGGCUCCUCGUAUAUAA